AUGUCUAUCUCCGAGUUCCGACGAAAGAAGCUCCUCUACGUGUUCAACGUUUUUUUCGAUGUCAAUCAGAGCGGCACGAUAGAAAGGAAAGAUUUCGAGCUGGCUAUUGAUAAAAUCUGCCACCUGCGAGGAUGGAAGCCUGGAGACCCCAAGAACACGGAGACACAUGAGAUCAUGAUCAAGAUCUGGGAUGGACUUCGGAAGAGGGCUGACUCCAACAAAGAUGGACAGGUCUCCGUGGAGGAAUGGACCUCGAUGUGGAAUGACUACGCCCAGAACCCAUCAGCUGCUCUCAAGUGGCAACAGCUGUAUGCCCAGUUCAUGUUCCAACUGGAAGACGCCAGCGCUGAUGGCACCAUCGAUAGCGAUGAGUUCACCACCGUCUGCUCCUCCUACGGCAUCGACCCUCAGGAGUGUAAGGUGGCUUUUACUAAGAUGGCUAAGGGCAAGAGCAGCGUCUCAUGGGAAGAGUUCCAGGAGUUAUGGAAGGAGUACUUCUCCACCGAGGAUCCUAACGCUCCCGGCAACUUCAUAUUUGGCAGGACUAGCUUCUAA